AUGGCACUUGCACAGCCAAUGGACAGAACGGCGUCUGCAUCUCCACGUCCGAAUGCGGCGGAACAUCCACAGCAGGCGCAUGCCCAGGUCCAUCGAACAUUCAGUGUUGCACGUACGGCCGCUGCUCUCGAAGCGGUGUACUCUGGCCUGUGUCCUGGCUCUUCAGACAUCCAAUGCUGCAUCCGAAGCGGUGGCGGUGGAGGUGGAGGCAACUGUCCACCUUCAGCUCAAGCCAACAUCAUCGACUUUAUCAAAUCCUUUGAAGGCUUCCGAGGCAGUCCAUACCAAGAUGUUGCAGGCAAAUGGACAGUCGGCUACGGCCAUCUUUGCUCUCAGUCAACUCGCUGCCAAGAACUGGGCUAUUCGUAUCCAAUCUCCGAGGCUCAAGGCGAGCAGCUUCUGGCACGCGAUGUGAGGCAAUUCGAAGUCUGUAUCGGACAACAGGUCGGUGGUGUUCGACUCAACGCCAACCAGUAUGGUGCGUUGGUUUCCUGGGCGUUCAACGUUGGAUGCGGGAAUACGGCAUCUUCGACAUUGGUGAAGAGGCUCAAUGCUGGAGAAAAUCCAAACACAGUUGCUGCGGAAGAGUUGCCAAAGUGGAACAAGGCCGGUGGACAGCCUGUGGCUGGCUUGACAAGGCGUCGUGCUGAGGAAGUUCAGUUGUUCCAGACAGCCACCAGCACUGGUGCUCUGCCAUGCUAG